AUGUGAAUAUUUUGCUGGACUGUAUCAUCUAGGUGGAAUUCAGCUGUGAUUCACCCCGAAACUUUUAAGUGUAAUGAUAGCUUACCAGUAUAUUCGAGGAAAACGUAGAGGAUAAUUCGUAUGACUUAUUUUUGCACAGUUGAAAGUGGAGUGUGUGACAAUGCUCUUGCAAAUUGCAAUAAUCUAGCAAUCUUGGAUAUUAUUCGGAGAAGCUCAGAAGUCUGAGGGGCAGCGGCACUUACAACACGAUAUUUGCUGUGUGUGACGUCGUCAGUUUACAUGAACUACACCAAAGAAUAUCGCUCGAUCAGCUGAGUUCACAAUUUGGCGGAACGUUGGAGGUAGACCACCAGGCCUGGCAAACCUUCUGUAAACUUCGCGAAGGCCUUUUAGACUCCAUGAGGUGUUGUGUGUCGACUCUCCAAAGCCGCGUUCAGCCCACUCCUGUGUCUCCAUCUCCAAACUCCUCUUCAGAGAAGACAGACUCUCCCGCUACGUCUCCCAAAGUCAGUUCGGGCGACCACUCUCUCCCCACCGUUACCCCAGGUCUCCGGGCGGAUGUGAGGAUGCUCCGGGAUGCUGUGGAUUGUGCCAAGAUCACGCUGAAGGAAAUGGAGCCUUGGUGCCAGAAGCUUGAGGGAAAUAAACUUGUUAGAGCAUGGUUUGCGGAGUGCUCGGACCUGAUUGGCACCAUGGCGUCUGUCGUGGCCAUGGCGGAUUCACACGCAGCGCCGCCGUCUCCCCGUCUGGAACAGUUUCAGAAAGAAGCCACUGCGGUGGUGACAUGGCUGCUGGGUCGGGGCGAAGAGACUCUUGCUCGACACCAGACCCUCGCAGACACUCUCACGGGCAUCACCAGGCAGGAAACGGAAUUCCAGAAGUUCUACUCAGUUGCAAUGCUGAAGAUCUUUGAAGAUAAGAUAAUUGAGGAAGUGACUAUUCACUCUGACAAAAGAAUAUAA